AUCCCAAUAGCGCUGGACAUGGCAAAAGACAGCAAAGAUAAAGAUCGUGAGCUGAAAAAGAGAAUGAGUACAGACAAUUAUAUGCGCUGUGCUAUUCGCGAGUGCUAUCUUUCAUUUAAAAGUAUUAUUAAUUUUUUGGUCCUUGGAGAGCGUGAAAAGAAGGUUAUAAAUGAUAUCUUCACCUUAGUUGAUGCGCAUAUUGCUGAGGGAAAUCUGACAACGGAGUUCAAUAUGAGUGCUCUCCCAAGCCUCCAUGAGCAAUUUGUUCAGUUGAUUGACCAUCUGCUGAAAAACAAAAAGGAGGACAAGGACCAGGUCGUAAUUGUCUUGCUCAACAUGUUAGAGGUUGUGACAAGGGACAUAAUGGAGGAUGAAAUUCCCACCUUGCUAGAUUCAAGCCAUGGGGGAACUUAUGGGAAAGAUGAGGGAAUGACACCCCUUGAUCAACGGGAUACAUAUUUCGGUGAACUGAAUUUCCCAGUGCCAGUGACCCCAAAAACAGAAGCUUGGAAAGAAAAGAUCAGAAGGCUUCAUCUAUUGCUUACGGAGAAGGAGUCUGCUAUGGAUGUCCCAUCCAACUUGGAAGCUAGAAGGCGCAUUUCUUUCUUUUCUAACUCAUUGUUUAUGGACAUGCCUCCUGCACCUAAAGUUCGAAAUAUGCUUUCCUUCUC